AUGGUCCAUACUUUGGAGCGUGAGGAGAGAGAGGCCAAGAGGUCUCGUGGUCCAGGUAAUUCCAGCGGCGUUCCUUUUGGGGGACAGUCAUAUCACAGUAAGGGUCGACCUUAUAGGCCCGCUUAUAUGGCUCAUCCAGCUCAUCGUGGCGCAUCAGCUGGCCAUGGUUUAUAUAGUGCUCGACCGAUUUCUUUUGGUAGUUAUUCUGGUUCUCGAGGUCCGCCUCAAAACGUGCCACCAUUUUUCGUGAUGGAUUGCUAUGAGUGUGGAGAGCUGGGUCAUGUGAGAAAAUAUUGUCCCUGCCUUUCGCGAGGUCCAGUUCUGCAGAGGAGUCAGGCUACGACUCAUGCACCAGCUGCUACGCCACCCACCCAGCCAGAUCGGGGUGAGGCUCAAGCAGCCAGAGGUCUCCCUAGAGGGGAAG